GCUGGCGAGUCCGGCGCUCCCCCGGCCCCUGUCUCCCCGGUCUCUUGAGGAGCCCGGGAAGGAGCCUCGGCUCGCGUUGCCGGGACCGGGCUGCGGCAAUCGUUAACGGGCCAUGUCGGCUGCCCAGGGCUGGGACCGAAACCGCCGGCGGGGAGGAGGCGCGGCCGGCGGGGCCGGCGGGGCUAGCGGGGCCGGCGCGGCCGGCGGGGGUCGGGGCACCAGCCAGCUCAACCGAUUCGUGCAGCUCUCCGGACGGCCGCACCUGCCAGGUAAGAAGAAAAUACGAUGGGACCCAGUUAGGAGACGCUUCAUUCAGUCCUGUCCCAUCAUAAGGAUCCCUAACAGGUUCUUGAGAGGCCACAGACCUCCCCCAGCACGCAGUGGACAUCGUUGUGUGGCAGAUAAUACCAAUCUCUAUGUGUUUGGAGGGUAUAACCCAGACUAUGAUGAGUCGGGAGGGCCGGAUAAUGAAGACUAUCCUCUCUUCAGGGAGCUUUGGAGGUAUCAUUUUGCAACAGGCGUGUGGCACCAGAUGGGCACAGAUGGCUACAUGCCCCGGGAACUGGCAUCUAUGUCACUUGUGCUGCACGGAAACAACCUGUUAGUGUUUGGAGGUACAGGCAUCCCAUUUGGUGAGAGCAACGGCAAUGACGUCCAUGUCUGUAACGUGAAGUACAAGAGAUGGGCUUUACUCAGCUGUCGGGGAAAGAGACCCAGUCGUAUAUAUGGACAGGCCAUGGCCCUCAUCAAUGGUUCCCUUUAUGUCUUUGGGGGAACAACUGGCUACAUCUACAGCACAGACCUGCACAAGUUAGAUCUCAAUACCAUGGUGUGGACACAACUCAAACCAAACAACCUGUCCUGUGAUCUGCCAGAGGAGAGCUAUUUACUUGUACAUAUAUAUUUUUUUUCUUCCAAGAUCCACGCAUACAACCUUGAAACAAAUGCAUGGGAGGAGAUUGCAACAAAACCUCAUGAAAAAAUAGGUUUUCCUGCAGCCCGAAGAUGUCACAGUUGUGUUCAAAUAAAAAAUGAUGUUUUCAUUUGUGGGGGCUAUAACGGGGAAGUGAUCCUGGGAGACAUCUGGAAGCUGAAUCUGCAGACUUUUCAGUGGGUGAAGCUCCCUGCUACCAUGCCAGAGCCUGUUUACUUCCACUGUGCAGCUGUCACACCCGCUGGUUGCAUGUACAUUCACGGAGGAGUUGUGAACAUCCAUGAAAACAAACGGACUGGGUCACUGUUUAAGAUCUGGCUGGUGGUACCCAGCCUGCUGGAACUGGCGUGGGAGAAGCUGCUCGCGGCCUUCCCCAACCUAGCAAACCUCUCCCGAACACAGCUUCUGCACCUUGGACUAACACAGGAACUCAUCGAGCGCUUGAAAUGAGGAUUUCCGGCCUGUUCAUUGAUACUGGAAAUGUUAAUUUAAAGAGACUCCUUUAUUUAUGGGCAGUGUAGAGUGUGCUACAGAGAGGAUUGGUUACCCUGAUCAAGGCCUUAUUCAGAAAAUACGUCAGAUGCCUUUCUGUGAAUGGGUUUAAGUUAAUGGACAUCUCACUCUCCUGUGCUUUCUUCUUUGCUCCCCUCCCUCCUGCCCCAGUAUGCACCCCAUACAUGCAUCCCUCUUUCUUGAUGGAGCCGAGGGAAUAUCUAAAGUACCUUAAUGAGGUUAGGAAUCAAGAAAGAGAAAUUGUUUUUUGUUGCUGUUUUUUUUUCAAUUUUAUUUUAUUUUAAAGAAAUUCUAAACAUAUUGACCAUGUCAGCUAAUACCACAGAUUAAAGCAUUAUCAUCAACAAACACCAAGUUUAAAAAGCCAGCAACCAACAGUGGUCUGGGAGAUAGAACAAGAAGACUGACCUGGAACAUCUUGCAGGUUGUUCUUAUAUUUGGAUGUUGAAUUAGUGUUUCUGAGAUGUGUCUGAGUGGCUGGACUCAGGCAGCAGUGGUUGAUGACUUGGCACAAAGAUAUCUAACCUUGACGAAAGGAGACAGUUCAGCAGUAUUUGAUUAGUGAGCCCCUCAACCUUGUGAUAGCCCAGUGGUUAGCAGCGGCCUGCUGAGAUUCAGUGCUGCCUGUCACUGUCGUGUUUUGUUGUUGUCUUUCAAGUUAAAUGUAUGGCGUCACGUUCUUUCCAGGCAGUUUUGAACUUCCCCUGCGCUUAUUAAUGGCUUUAAAUAUGUCUUUAGCCCCUUCCUGGGGAAUUGUAGAUUCUAAGUGCGUGGUGUAGAUGUCAAAGGACAGUAGAGUAGAGCAUAGCACCCGCACCCUUGAGACUUUUAGCUUAGCUUCUGCUUGGUGCGAUGGGCUUUGACUAUCAUAGCAGCUGUUUCCUUUUCAGAGCGCGUUUCUUUGUGGUCUCUGGACCUUAUUCCUGCAUUUUCUCAGGCAGUUGGUUCUGGAUUCCCUCCUGAGCUUGGUGCCUCUUUUGCUGUCUGCUUCAGUAUACAGGAUGCCGUAAUUGCCUAGUAACUGGAUAAAAGGUCUUAAGGAAGAGGCACAGCUUACCCUUCCUCGAGAAGCAAGUGCCAUUGAAAACCAUCAGGAGGAAGGAGUGAGACAGGGUCGUUUGCUUUGUGUGUGUCUAAGAGGUUUUAGUUCUGGUCUGUUUUGUUUUCUUAAAUCUAAGAAGAAAGGAGACUUAAGUUUUACUCAUUUCAUCCUCAGACUGCUAGAAGAGUUGAGGGAGUCACUUGUGUGUAAGCCUGUGGGUACCACAGGUGUAGGCAAUGCUGGAGGCCUGCCCUCCUGCAGGCCCCUUAAGGAGGAGAUACCUGCAGGAGAUUUUGAACACAUUUUUCCUUUAAGUGCCUCUUUUUCACCUAGCUUUAACAUUAUUCUUUUUCUUUUUGCCCAGAAGAGAUCUCUGUAGUUUGUGUGGAUUUAAAAUCACCUUUGAGUUAGAAUUAAAAAGUUCUGCCCAGUGUGCAGUUCUAGGGUAGGUCUUUUGACUUCUCCUUGCAGCAGGCCUUAGGCUCCAUCCGUGUGGGUUGUUAUUGGAGCCUUUGCCCACCAUCUGUAGAAGCACUUCUCUGUGAGUAAGGAAAUGGAGCUGCUCUUCUAGGGUUCCCAUCCCCCAACCUCGCCAUUCCCUGUUGGUGUGGCUUUGGCUUCUUAACCACCAGAGGAGCCCUCUCCAGAGGAAGUCAGCCUGAGCCACUUUGUGAGUUCGAAACUGUGUGACUCCAGGCCAGAUCUCUGAACCAUGGCAGAACUACAUCCCAAGCUAGGAGUGUUCAGCCUCUGUGCUUUGACUCCCAUGGUCUUUGGAAUACAAGAGGGCCUCUGGUUCUGUUAGACCAGAAAGUUGUAAAGAGGGUCCCAUUUGCUGGCAUCCUUUGUAAGCCGUUUGUAGGCAGUCUUCUUAGAGGUAGAUGUUAGAGGCCUGACAUGAACGACCGUGUGUAUCUUCUAGGUACACGUCUGGUCUAGAGUGUCUGGGAAUAGAACACUAGGGAAAGUGCGGCGCAGCCGGGAGUGCUGGAAGCUGCUCAUGCGCACAUGUUCUGGAUGCCAAACUGUAGGUAAGGACUGGGUGUCCUCUGACGGUCACCAGCAUUUUAGUUUCUCUAUAACCAGCACUUACUUGGAUUCCCAACAGCAUCACCUGGGUGGGAAAGGUAACGAUGCCUGCUGCUCCUCUGCCUCUUUUGAGGUAUGCCCCGCCAUCUUCCUGCAGACCCGGAAACAGAAGUGCAAUAUGUAGAAACACGGUCUGCACGGAUUGUGUAGAUGCGAUGACUCUAAAGUAGCUACACUUUCUGUACCUGUCCUGGGCACGUCAGUUUAUUCCUUUAGAGUAAAAUGAUACCAAGGAUUUUCAGUGUGAUCAUAAGCCAACUUCUUGGUAAAGCUGGAUUUUUUCCAAGUCCAUGCUUUCUUAUUCUAGUUGAUAAACAAAUUCCUGUUCCUUGGUUUAUAAGAGCUGAGGUUUCCCAUUCCUGUUUGUACUCCCUCCUAUUUGCACGUCUUGCCCAGGAAUGAGGAAGUUCACUUGAGAGGGUUGCCCAAGUGAAGAAUUAAAGCCUAACACUAGUCCAGUUCUCCUACAUAUACACUAAUUUAUCUGAGAAUGUAAUACCUUAUUAAAUGAUGCUUCCAUCACUAUAAGGUAUUUUCCACUUCACAGAAAAACUGCAAACCAGUAUGUAAUAGAUUAAACUUUCCCUGCUUUUCAGGGCAGACAAACCCUUUCCACUGGUAGGAGUCUAAUGACUUGAUAUAAAAGCUUGCUUAAUAGCAUUCAUGUCUAGCACAGAGCUAGAUUUAAAAACUAUAUAUAUAUAAUGGAAAUAUUAACAUUUCUAGAUUAAAAAGUAUGAUGGUGACCUUUGGUUACCCACAGUAGCAGGAAGAAAGCACAGACAGUGAAACCCAUGGAUAAUCAGUGUUUCAACUUUCCUGUUAACAAUUUUUUUUUUUCGAGACAGGGUUUCUCUGUACCUUUGGAACCUAUCCUGGAACUCGCUCUGUAGACCAGGCUGAUUUUGAACUCUGCCUCCUGGGUGCUGGAAUUAAAGGCAUGUGCCACCACUGCCCAGCUAAACAAUUUAUUUACUUACAUAUCUUUCCCCUUCCUGUUCCUCUCCCACAGACAUCUCCUUUUCAAGGGACUAGUAGUUAGGAAAGGAAAAGUUGAGAGGGGCUAGCAGCCAGCCACCACACCAGUGGUCCCAUCAGCUUUAGAGGUGUUGUCGCAGUGGUCACCUGAGGUGAGAUGGUGCCCUUGAGCAAGGUCUGCUGCUGAGUUCUCUACUGCCUCCUCACCAGAGAACUCUUCAAUCCUGUGGGAAGAAAAGGCUGCGUCUCACAGAAACAGGAAACCCCAUCAUUUGAACACAUCUCUUUAACUUGACAAAGUUUGCUUUUCCGUUUCUUCCUUUGGAGUCACCUUCUCCAGUCUGAUAGCCUGGUGUGCAGGAAGGGCGCACUGUCCUCUUGGACUGUGUUGGGUUUUGUCUCUUCUAGAACCAGCCUGGUUUUCUGUGGUCUUUGGGAUGCUUACAGUGGCCCUCCCACCGACACUCUGAUGUAGCACAGAAAUCCAUUUUCCCUUCUUUUCUUUCUUGUGUUCUGGUAUUGGCUUCAGGGGGAAUGAGGGUUUAUUGUCAUAGCCCUGCAUUUCAAGAAGUGGUUGCCAUAGGUGUAAAUUCCACUGGUUCCCAGGUCCCUUAGAACUCUGGAAGCAUUGGCAAGGCCCAAAGCAGGCUCGGUGGGGUUUUGGAACCUCCAUGUGUAGUCACCCUUCAAACUUGGUGAGAUUUAGAAGAAAAAUCUCCCCCUGCCUAGUGUCAUAAACAGAAGUCUGAACUGUGCUUCAAAGGUAGUGCCGUCUUCUUGGUGUGCUUCCCACGUUGUUAAUUUGUUUAAACUUUUGAGAAGUUUUUUAAAGGCCCCACUUAGUCUGCACAGGCUGAGUCGGAGAGAAGGCCAAUUUCACUACGUAGUAGUAGUCACUGUCGUGCCAGUUACACGUCAGGAAUAGACAGAGGCAGCGGAAAGCACGCUGACCGUGCAGAGGGCUCAGGGAGACUGCAGGCAUCUCCCUGGACAGGCUGGAGAGAGGACGGCCUUCCGUUGCAGCUGCUCUGAGGCUGGGCCAGGCUUGGCUCUUCAUGCAGGCUGCGAGGCCAUACACAGUGCUUGCCUUAUUUUAAAGCUAUUUGCCACAGUCCUGUUAAUAGUGUGGAUGUCCUUUUGCAGUCUGGUGUGCAUGCCAUGUGAUCAGGACAGCUUUUCCACCUCCCCUGGUUUCCUACAAGCAAGUAAAUCUCCCCUGAAAUGUCCAGUCUGUACUUAUGUACCUUGUCAGUGUUUGCUGUCGGUUUUCUAAAACAAUCUGAUCAAUAAAUCUCUAAACAUA